AUGAAUUUCCUCUUCUACACCGCAACCGCUACCGUUUUUAUCGCCUACUGUAUCCCCAGGCCCGGCGAGAACUGGCCGUCGAUUACUAGCCUUGAGCGCUGCCAGAAAUCAGAGAGCAUUGCCUAUGUCCAGGGUCCUUUCGGUGUCCUCUCCGACAUAUAUAUCUUCAUCCUGCCGCUGCCAGUCCUAUGGCGUUUGCAAAUGACCUUAAGGAAAAAGCUUGGGGUCAGCAGUAUCUUCCUGGUAGGCUUCAUGUAUGUACACUUCAAACCUGUCAGCACGAUCGAUCCCAUUUCGAUCAUUGCAUUUACUUACCAAACUCCAAAUUGGUCCAGAGCGAUUCUCGCCAGUAUAUUAGCAGGCAUGUACUAUCGCGUCGUCGAAGCUAGAAGCUCCGAUCUGACUUGGCGGCUACCACCAACUAUCGGCUUAGCAGACGGAAAGUUCCUCAAAUCGGGGACGUUCUCAGGAGCAUUGGGGAAACGAUCUUCGAUGGACCCGUCGAGGAGCAACGACCGAGUCUCUGAACAUGACAGGUGGUGA